UCAGGUGCGUUGAUGUCUUUUCCUGUUCAAAGCUCAAAGUUCAGCUGGCAGACAGAGACGAUCUGCGGAGUCACCAGAAGAAGAACUAUUCCCUUAAAAAGGACUCAUUACACCCUGAUUAAACCACAGAAGAAGAACUGACUGAUUUGGAUUUAACAUUUGAUGGAAUAACAGAUGUAGAGAUGGAUUGUACCUGAGGACGAGCAGUUUGGACAAACUGACGGAUUACACCUGAUCCAUUGACCGGCGGCCAUCUUGGAGAGACGACGCAGAUCCUUCAGGGACGCAUGGAGCCAGCAGCAGGCCGGCUGCCCCCCCAGGUGGUCGGAGAGAACGAGGCGCUGCAGCAAUUCUUCAACGGUCAGGAGAUGAGCGGUGUGUUGGACAGUUCUGUCGCUGUGGACACGAGUAUCCUGGAGCAGUACCUCAGCAAUGACUUGGACCCCAACAGCUUCAUGCUCCCUGACUCUCCUCCGGACUCGAGCUCGGAGGCCUGUUCACCUGUACAGAUGCCAGACUUCCAUCACAAUCCGUCGUAUUGGUACAACCAGCAGACACCGCAGGAAAUGUUUCAGCCGACACCUCAAUGUGUCCCACCGUCGUCCUGUCGCUUUAAGGACCACGGCUCAGACCACGUCCAACAUGAGCCUCUGACCCACAACCAGCUCCGCAGUUUGGGCCUCACUAACACUUGCAUCAAGUCUGGGACCUCACCUGCCCCCCUACACCAGCACACACACACCUCACCUGAACACACACACUACCCAAAUCCUGAGAACUACUCACAGGUGUAUACCCCUCCUACACCUCCUUCCCCACCAAUUCCCCAUCUGAACAGCUAUUCAACACCGUGCACUGAUCCGGGUCAAGUCCCAAAUUUAUUUAUGCCCCCUUCAGCCUGCUCCGUUCUACUUGGCUCCAACUCCACACUACAUCACAGCUCUCCAGAAAGCAAAAAGAGGAGGAGAUCUGAGUCGGAUGAACCCCGAGCAGGAACUGAGAGUUCAUGCAAUGACAGUGACGGGACUGGCAUAGUUGGUGGCGGACUGAGUUUGGGAUCCAAUCAGUUGUUGACCUGGGAUCAGUACAGCCCAGACCAGUGGAGCACUUUGUACAAUGGCAGCUACCACACAGUGUCUCCUCCUGCAUACCAUGUCGACACAGAUAAAGGCUUCGUCUACUCUGCAGCAGAUGAAACCUUUGUCUGCCAAAAGAAGAAUCACUUCCAGGUCACGGUUCACAUCGGCGUCGCUGCAGAACCCCAAUAUGUCAGAACGCCAAAUGGGCCACAGCAAGUUAACCACUUCCUGAUAAAAGUGUUCGGGAUCAAGCUGGAAUCUCCGAGCCACCAGGUGACCAUUGAGCAGUCUCAGCCUGACCGCAGCAAGAAGCCCUUUCAUCCUGUCAGGGUCAGUCUACCCGGGGGCAAAAUCACCAAAGUAACACUUGGCAGACUGCACUUCAGCGAGACGACGGCCAACAACAUGAGGAAGAAAGGCAAACCCAACCCUGACCAGAGAUAUUUUCAGAUGGUGGUUGGUCUGUAUGCGGUGGUGGGUGGAGACGACACGUUCCUCCUCACAGCUCUGGUGUCAGAGAGAAUCAUCGUCAGGGCUUCUAACCCCGGUCAGUUUGAGAUGGACGGGGACUCCUUGUGGCAGCGCGGGACGGUGCAGGACGCUGUGGUCUGUCAAGGUCGAGUCGGCAUCAACACCGACUCUCCCGAUGAGGCGUUAGUCGUCUGCGGCAACGCCAAGGUGAUGGGCUCCAUCAUACAGCCGUCAGACCGCCGCGCCAAGCAAAACAUCCAAGAGGUUGAUUCUGAGCAGCAGCUGAAGAGAAUCACUAAGAUGAGAAUAGUCGAGUUUGAUUAUAAACCAGAGUUUGCCUCCACCAUGGGAAUAGACCACACCCACCAGACAGGUAUAAUAGCCCAGGAGGUGAAGGAGCUGCUGCCGUCAGCGGUGAAGGAGGUCGGAGACCUCAGCUGUUCUGACGGAGAAAGAAUUAACAACUUCCUCAUGGUGGACAAGGAGCAGAUCUUCAUGGAGAACGUCGGGGCGGUGCAGCAGCUGUCCAAGCUCACUGACAACCUGGAGACUCGAAUCAACGAGUUAGAGGGCUGGAACCGCCGACUGGCGAAGCUGAAGAGCCUGACCGGCAGCCUGCGCUCCACCGGGAAACCCAACAAACACAGCGCUGUGUCGACGCCUCCGACUCCUGAAACAUGUAAAACGGGGAAAGGUCAAAAGAAGGGCUGGUGUCACAAAUACACCCACUGUCUGCAGAACAAAGUCUUCCAGGCCAGCGUCUUCGCCCUUCUCGCCACCAUGGCUUUCUGCAUCAUCUCUAUCACUGCUCUGUAUCUGCUAAAUUUAGAGGAAGACUUCGACGUCCAGCCUGGAAUCAGUAACAGCACCAUCGUUACACCACAGACCACGACCUGGAGCAGCACAGUACCCCCGACCACGCCCCCCGGCCCCUGGCCCCCCCAUGUGGACUUCUGUGACUUACUGUACUGUGAUCGUGUUUACUGCUGCACUCCACCAGCAGAGGGCAGCACUGACUUUAACAUAACCUCCACUGAGUCAGCUGUGGCAGACAAGAACAAUAUAACUGAAAUAAGAAGAGAAAAACUUUAUAAGAAGCUGAAAAGUGCCAGAGACUGGACAAACACCACGAUCCAGUCCUUCAUGAUCAAAGAGAACCAGCAGGGGAUCGACAGUAAAUACUGCCUGAGAGAUGAGUGUGGACUGGGUAGAUACGUCUUCCGAGUUCCAAUCAGCCAGUUUGUUCCCGUCAACAUGAGAGUCACGCUGCUCAUGAAUUCUACGGAGCUGCUGGUGGUUCACCUGUGCAGGUUUGAUGAGUCAGCGGCCUGCUCGGCUUUAAUGGAUAUGAACACAGUCACAGGGAGCAGAUACCCAUCCAACACACAAGGAGAACAUGAAUGGCCUCUUCACGUCGCUCGACUUCAGCACAGCUCGUAUCACUUUCGCUCCGCAGUCGCUGGUCAGGCAGACUGCGGGACUGACCGUAACUUUGCAGGAGCGCUCUUCACUGAUUACCACUUCCACUUCUACAGACACUGCACAGACUUCUGACCUCAAAGAUGACCAUCACAUCAUUUCUGCUUUAAAACAUUUUUAUUAUAAUAUAUAUCUCACUUUUACUCAUAGAUUGUUCUUUUAUUCGCUCUCGUUUACUCCCAUUUCUUCAACGCUUUAUAAACCAUCUCACCAUUAAAAUAAAGUUGAUUUUGAGGGAA